UACGACUGGUCAGACAAAGAAGAGAUAUGUCGCAAGCUAUAUAUCGAUGAGCAGAAGAAUACAAGUGAAAUCAUUCAGUACUUUGUGGAGCAUUUCAACACUGAUCCAUCGGAACUGCCAUGUCGUAAAGGCUUCCAUCGCCAAUUUCAGGCAUGGGGAUUUCCCAGCCGCGGCAAGACUUGGGAUGGAGACCAAGCCAAUGCCGCGAGCGCGCGGAUCCGUGAAUUAUGGGAGCAGAAUGUCAAUCAGAAGGACAUCAAGUCCAUGAUGGACGAGGAGGGUUGGGAACUGUCCACAUACGAUUUCACCAAGUUGUGGAGGAAGAACAACCUGCGAUUGCGCAACGAGCACGGAUACAAAGCUCCUUCGGCUGAUGGCAAGAAGCGGAAGCGACCCAGCGCGGCCAUCGAAGACGCCAUGGCCGAACAAUUGGUUGAGACUCCUUCUCGUCCGGAGCCGAUCUCUGCACCAAUGGAUGCAGAAGAAGCUGCGGCUCGCGCCCAGCGGCUUUUCGAAAUUCAAGUUGAGAGUGAUCAAAGACUUCAGGCUCGCAAGCGUCGUCGCCGGAUUCGGGGCUACGGCCAUCUCCCGCCUGACGCGGCCGGUACAGCACCUCGCUAUGCGUCGGAAACGAGUCUGGAUGAGUGCAAAGCCUACCUGAGUCUCGACAACGAAACUUAUGUUCAGAUUCGCAAGGAGUUCACCGCAAUUUGCGAGGAACAUGGCAUUUUGAAGAAGACAGAGUGCGCGGAGGGCGUGUGGGAAGAUAGUAAACGCCAGCUCAUCGAUGGUAAUGCUCAUCUCAGUGCAGUGAUGCACCCGCUUCAGCCUGAACUCGAUAAGAAAAAUGUCGCACUUGAGUGUCUUGCCGCUGAUGUCACCAAACGCAUGCGCGUUACCGGGCGUGCCAUCACAAUUGCCGAUGCCAACAACAUUCUUGAUCUCAACCCGACUGAAAGUAAAGCUGUUCGUCGGGCCUUCUACGAGAUUCUCGCUGCCGAUAAAUUCGAGUCCCGUUUAGUAAGCGGAGAGGACCACUGGAACGAACUCCGUCAGCAGUGGUAUCAAACUUCAGAAAAGUUGCAGCAAGUCGUUGCAGCAAACGACCCGAACAAAAUGCGCGCUGUCGACCUUCUCGGCCGGGACACGAUGAAGCGUUUCCGCGAGGAUCGGAAUUCGCGUGGCGAGCGAAUCCACCUCGAACCUCCGACCGCUCCCAUGGACCCUAGCCUUCUGACAGACCCGCAAAUCCUGGGCGGCACCGACGAUGAUCUCGACAACAAAAUCCCACAUUCCCUGAUGGCCCAGCUCGCGCAAGCCAGCAGCCAACUCAGCUUCGAUCUCGAUCCCGCGCUCGCGGGCUCAGGUCCCUUCGCAACCAGCGUGCCCGACCCAACCAUGCCCACAACCACUAUCGCACCCACCGGUCCACCCAUUACAGCAUACUUCCGUCUCGCGCCGACAUCUCAACUGUCCACCGUCCAUCCGCGCAUGUGGCUGGGCAAGCUCUCCACGCCCUCCGUGCACGCUCUGCACGCCGCGGCGUUGAGCAAACUCCCGACGGCCCGCGUGGCCAAGGUGCAGGGUUUGGUGAAGAAUGAAGAUGGCAGUGAGGACUGUUGGUUGGUGGAGUCGGUGGAUGAAUUACUUGCGUAUCUCGCUGAGGCGGGCGAGAAGGUCAGCUUUCAGGUCGUGUUGGAGGAUGGAGUGUUUGUUUGA